GAAAAAAUUUUAAGAUUUUAUUUUACCAAAAAUUGAUUUAAAAAAAACGUAGUGAUGGAAAAAUUUUAUUCGGCAUUAUCUCGAAAAAAAACCAUCGAUGUAACAGAUACAGGAACAAAAUUAGCCAGAGUACUAACAAUCACUGAUUUAACGGCAUUGGGUGUUGGUAGUACUCUAGGACUUGGAGUUUAUGUUUUAGCUGGAUCGGUUGCGAAAACCGUAGCAGGACCAGCUGUAUGUCUGUCGUUUUUAGUUGCUGCUAUUGCUUCUGGCAUAGCUGGUCUCUGUUAUGCUGAAUUCGCGUCUCGAGUUCCUAGAGCAGGUUCUGCUUAUGUGUACAGUUAUGUUAGUGUAGGUGAAUUUACAGCGUUCAGUAUUGGUUGGAACUUAAUUUUAGAAUAUGUUAUAGGUACAGCAAGUGUGGCACGAGGAAUGAGCGGUUACGUAGAUGCAUUAGCAAAUGACACAAUGCAAUAUCAUUUACGUGAAAUAUUUCCAAUGAAUGUUGAUUUUCUGUCACCAUAUCCAGACUUUUUCUCGUUUGGGAUUGUCCUUUUAUUAACAGUAUUAUUAUCGAUAGGCGUUAAAGAGUCGACAUGUUUAAACAAUAUUUUUACACUUUUAAAUAUAAUUACCGUCUGUAUAGUAAUUGUUGCUGGUUCAGCCAACAUUGAUUUCAACAAUUGGAAUAUACAAAAAGAAGAUAUACCACCAGAAUUUGCCGAUGCAGCUGGUAGCGGUGGUUUUAUGCCAUUUGGAAUAGCUGGUGUGAUGGCUGGUGCCGCUAAAUGUUUUUAUGGUUUUGUUGGAUUUGAUUGUGUUGCCACAACGGGUGAAGAAGCUAAAAAUCCAAAACGAUCUAUACCCAUUGCUAUUGUUUUGUCAUUAAUUAUUAUAUUUUUGGCAUAUUUUGCUAUUUCGGGGGUAUUAACUUUAAUGUGGCCAUACUAUGAUCAAAAUGAAAAAGCACCAUUUCCAUAUGUAUUUGAUCAAGUUGGUUGGACUAUAGUCAAGUGGAUUGUUACCACUGGUGCUAUAUUUGCUUUAUGUACUAGUUUAUUAGGUGCAAUGUUUCCAUUACCACGUGUUCUAUAUGCAAUGGCAAAUGAUGGUUUAAUAUUUUCUAUGUUUGGCAGUAUUAAUAUGCGAACUAAAACACCAUUAAUUGCAACACUAUUAUCAGGAGUUUUUGCUGGAAUAAUGGGUGCAAUGUUCGAUUUAAAUCAAUUAAUUGAUAUGAUGUCAAUUGGAACUUUGUUAGCGUAUACAAUUGUGGCUAUGUCAGUUUUAAUUUUAAGAUAUGAAGAAAAUAAUCCAUCUUCAAACAAUAAUGUUCAAACAAGCCCAUCAAUACAAUUUAAACAAACACAAACAAUGACACCAUAUACAUUUAUUAAAUAUUUAUUUAAUUUAAAUAUGAAUAAAUAUCCAAAUGAAUAUACACGAUUAUUUGCUAAUUGGUCCAUAUGUAUAUUUACAAUUAUAUCAUUUGCAUUCUGUUUUAUAAUUAUACAUUAUGGACAUGAAAUAUUUAAUGAUAAUUUACCAUUAUUAUUAAUAUUUAUAUUAAUAACAACAUUAUUAUUAAUAUCAAUAUAUAUAAUUAGUAGACAGCCAGCAUCUGAUUUAGAUGUUAAUUUUAAAGUACCAUGUGUACCAUUAUUACCAUGUUUAAGUAUUAUUAUGAAUAUAUAUUUAAUGUUGGAAUUGGAUAUACAUACAUGGAUUCGAUUUAUUGUAUGGUUGAUUAUAGGUUAUUCAAUUUACUUCUUUUAUGGUAUCAGCCACAGCACGGAGAAAAAAACUCGUGAUAUGAAAAAAUAUCAACAAAAAAUGGAUGCCAUACACAAUCAACAAAAAGCAGCAAAUGAAGUUACGAAAUUUUAAAUAACCGUUCA